AUGUUUCCAGUGCACAAACAUUCCUAUCUGCAAUGUGUGACGAAGAUCGAUCCACGGAUUAUAAAUCGAACAGUCGAUUUAGCGAGGGAUAACUACACGAUCGAUCAAUUCGACACCCUACCGCCGUUCAACAGAUUGUGCUCAGAACAACCGAAUAUACCAGUAUGCAGUUGCGAUGUCACCAGAAGACCGGUUGGUUUCGGCCGAUGGGGAAUGAAAAAAUUGAGACGUGAGUUGCAUAGCACGAAUAGGUGGACUGUGAUGCAGGCUAUACACAGCAUUGGCGAUUUAGUCUAUGAUCCCGAGAGGAAUUUCGAAGCAAUUCGAUUGAGAGUACCGGCAAGAUUUUCGGACUUAGUGAUCGACGAAGACCCAGCUGUAAGAGAACGGGUGUGCAUGGUUUUAGCGACAAUUUCGAACUUACUGGAUGGAAAAUAUUCCAUUCUGAAAAACCAUAGGAUGAUCAACAAUUUGGCGAGAAUUUUAAACGACGAAGAGCCGGCCGUUCGGAUGAAAGUCAUUGUUUUAAUAGAAAAACUUUCAAAAGUCUGGAUGUGUGCUGAUAUUUUGGUAAAUAACGGAUUUGUCGAAAUGAUCAUCGAAAGAUUGGAUCAGUACAUCGAAGAUGACCCAUGCACGCCUUAUUACCUAAGAACAAUGCAAUGGUUGAUGUAUUGCACUGGAAAAUACAUCGCUAUCGAACGUGGCUUCCAUAAAACAUUAACUACAAUCUUAUAUAACGAUACGAAUUGCGAAGUACUUGCAGAAGCUUUGAAAUGUAUGGCCAUGUUGAUAAGCACACCCAGAGGAAAAUGUUUCGCCAUCGAAGGCAAUCUGCUGAUAAAGCUUUACAAUUUGCUGCACGAUCAACGCCGUGAAAUAUACAGUGCCGCUGCAGGUUGCAUGGUUUUCGCAACGAUAAAAACUGAAGCAAUACUAAAGGCCAUAGAAUUACCGAAUUUAAUUGAACGGUUGCUUAUUUUAGCUAGAAGUCACCAUGACUUGACUACGCAAAUCCAUUGCAUUCAGGUAAUAACAAAUCUAUGCGGUCAUGGAAAAGUAAGGAAGUACGUGCUGGAAACUUAUUCGGAUAAAAUUCGCUCAAUAUAUACGCAACAUGACGAGCAAGCUGAACGCUUCAAGCAUAACUUGUUGACUUUACAGUUUUGAUUUUCCUAAAGAAAU